GCGUUAUUAUCCUGACGUCGAACUAUUCUCUCAGUUCAACUUUAAAUCGCCGAAAGUUUACACGAUGUUAAUUAUAAAAAGAACCAAAUUCUUAAAUAGUUGAUUUCCCUCAUAAAACGAUAUAAAUCAAAAUGGAUGAUAGAACGAUAGAUUUGAUUUUCGCGGGGUCGUUGGAAAGUCUGCCGCCGGUCAGUUCGAAAAUUGUUAGGAUUUUUACAAGUUCCACUUUUACAGAUACGACCAUGGAAAGGAACACGCUAAUGGCAAAAUGUUACCCGAAAAUCAAGGAUUAUUGUAGAGAGAAGCAUGGGCUUGAAUUUCAGGUGGUUGAUAUGAGAUGGGGUGUAAGAGACGAAGCUACAGACGAUCAUAUGACUACCGAGUUAUGCAUGAAAGAAAUUCAAAAUUGUCAAAGGCUGUCUAUGGGUCCGAACUUUGUCGUUUUUCUUGGCCAAAAAUACGGAUAUCGCCCUAUCCCAACCUACAUUUUAUCAUCAGAACUACAAAUGAUAAGGGAUGAGCUACACGCGACUGGACACGACGUGAUACUAAUAGACACUUGGUACAGGAAAGACAGCAAUGCUGUACCACCUAUCUCUGUUCUACAACCUAUAUCAUCAAUUUUGAUUAAUUUCAACAAUAAGAGAAUACCGAAAUUGCAAGCAGAAGACCAGGCAAAAUGGUGGGAUACUUUGGCCAAAUUUCAGAAGCUGUUCAGAAAGGCUGCGGCCUCUUUAAAUCAGCAAGGAAAAAUGGAUAAUGAUGCUACUCAUAAUUAUUUUAUGUCUGUAACUGAGAGAGAGGUAAUUAAUGGAAUCCUUAACGUGAAAAAUACCAAAAACCAUUGCCUUGCCUAUAUAAGAAUGAUCAAUAAUAUCAACCUUCAAAAUUUGAAAAAAGCAUCGUUAUUCGUCGAUAUUAUUAAUAGAAGCUUGGAUACUGAGUCUGCCAAAUUAUUGGGUGAUUUACGGGAUGUUAGGCUACCUAAUAAGAUUGAAACAAGUAAUUUUCAAAAAUACACUGUUGAAUGGAUUGGGAGAGAGGGUUUAGAUCCAGAAACCCAUGAGGAAUAUUUGAAACAUUUUAUAAGUCAUUUUUACAAGAAUAUAAUCAAACUGGUUGACAGAGCUAUGAGAAAGGAAGAUUCUAGCGCUCAAGGUCAAAUUGUUACAGAGAUCCUUCAGCAUCUUCAUGCUUGUAAUAAUUCCGUAAAGGUUUUUUAUGGGAGGGAAGAGAAUUUAGAACAUAUUCAUCAAUAUAUGCUGUGCGAUUCUGAUAAAUUGCUCGUAUUAUUUGGAGAAGGUGGAUGUGGAAAAACGUCUUUAUUAGCUAAAGCUGCCAGCAUGUCCACAGCACAGGGGUGGUUUGAAGGAGCAAAACCGAUGAGUAUCAUUCGGUUUUUGGGUACUACUCCGGAUUCCAGUGCCCUCACUCCUACUUUGAUAUCGAUCUGCCAACAGAUAUCAUACAACUUUAUGCUACCUUUCGAUGGUAUUCCAGAUGACCUAGUACCAUUAACAGCACAUUUUAAGCAACUAUUAACCUUGGCAACCAAAGAGCAACCCUUGUUGCUCUUUUUGGAUUCUGUUGAUCAACUUACUGGUACAGCUGAUGCAAAUAAAGUUUCCUGGUUGCCCACACGGCUGCCUAAGCAUUGUAAAAUUAUCGUUUCUUGUGCCUCGGAGGAAUCAAACCCAGAAGUAUCCAAAGAAUAUCAUAUAUUAAGGAGGAUGGUCGAUGUGGAAGAAAAUUUUAUAGAAGUAAAUGCUUUAGGUGAAGAGUUAGCUAUGAAAGUCAUUAAAAUGUGGAUGAGAACCGCUUGUCGAGACUUGACCAACUACCAAUGGCGACUCGUUUCAAAUGCCAUCGAUAAAUGCAGCCUUCCUAUUUUUGUAAAAUUAGUGUUUGCAGAGAUUUGCAGAUGGAGAAGCUAUACUAAAAGUCAAGACACCCAUUUGGCUUCUACUGUAAUGGAUUCCAUUAUGAUGCUCUUUGAACGAAUCGAAAAACAACAUGGCAGAAUCUUAGUAUUCCACGGUCUGGCUUACAUAACAGCAGCAAAAAGUGGGUUGUCAGAAUCCGAGCUGGAGGAUCUCAUAUCUUUGGAUGAUAAAGUACUUGAUGACGUGUAUCAGUACCAUUUACCUCCGGUGAGGAGGAUUCCUCCUCUUCUUUGGACCAGGAUCAGAAAUGAUUUGCCCAAUUAUCUUUCUGAAAGAGAGGCGGAUGGAGUAAGUGUAAUGAAUUGGUAUCACAGACAGUUUAGGGAUACAGCGAAAGAGAGGUAUUUUAAAAAUAUGAACAUGGCAAUGUACUUUCACUCAAUGAUUGCUGACUAUUUUCUGGGGAUUUGGGGCGGGGGCAAGCCUAAACCAUUCAAAUAUACUGAAAUCCAGAGGCACAGAUUUAAUUUGACAGAUAAAGAAGGUGUUGCUGACAGAAAAGUACCUGUACAACCGCUAGUUUUUUAUUCUAAAGACGGCAAAGUUUCUAGGUAUAAUUUGAGAAAAUUUGGUGAGCUGCCCUUCCAUUUAGUACGAUCUAGAAGAUUUAAAGAUCUAUAUGAAAAUGUCCUGUUUAAUUAUGAAUGGUUGCAUGCAAAGCUAUCAAGUUGUCCUUUGCAGUCGGUGCUGUCAGAUUAUGAAGAUGCCAGUGUGAAUAUUGAAGAUAAAGAAUCCAGAAGAGAGUUAAUGUUAGUGGCCGAUGCCCUUCGUCUAGGUGGCGCUGUGCUGGGUCAAUAUCCAAACAUGUUAGCCCCACAACUAAUCGGUAGGCUCUUACCGGAAGUAACUCAUAAUGCCAACAUUAAAAUGUUACUUAACGAUUGCGAUAUAAAAGGUCCGAUGCAUUGUGCUCUAUUGCCUUUGUACCAUUGUUUGCACACUCCUGGAGGACCAUUAAAAUAUUCAUUGGAAGGUCAUCAAUUCGCAGUAUUUUCCAUUUGCCUGACCACCGAUUACAGAUACAUAGUAUCAGUAUCAAACAGGUUUAUAACAUGGGAUUUAUCCACUAGUGAUCUGACCAGGGAUGUUAAUCCUAACAUUGAAGGGAUUAUGCAGCAUUUGGUGCUUAGUCCUGAUAAUAAAUGGGCUGCUGCUUAUACCAACAACAAUCAAACGGUUUUGUUGAAUAUGCUUUCAAGCGAAUUUGUGAUAAUCGAAAAUCCGUUGGAGGAGGGAGAUAAUGUUAUAGGAAUUUAUCUGUUAAACCAUAAUAUAUUCAUUUAUGGAGCGGAUCGUUGGAUUAGGUUUGAUAUGAGGGGAAAUAGAGAGGAAGAGUUUAGUGGACCUUUAAAUAAAGAAGACUGGCCCAUAUUAUUGCUGGAAUGGGAGAAUGAAUUGGAAUAUCGCAUAAUAUUCUGGAAAAAUAAUUUGGACGAUACAAGAAUGAAAAUUUACUGCAAGUAUAAAGAAGGGGAGCUUGAAGUUCUGGACUAUCACAGGUUAUUUAUUAUAUAUCUUAAAUGUUUUUUUACUAUUGUAGUUUUUAGUGCGUUAAUUUUAACAAAAGACAAAUCAACUUUAUAUGCAUGUACCACCAAAGACAUCAGUUGCGUAUCGAAAUAUAAAAUAAAUCUUGAAACUCUUAAAUGGGAGAAAGAUUGCGACUUGCCCAGAUUUGAAAAAGACGAUACUGAAGCCAUGCUGCAACUAAAAUUAGAUAAGCAUGACAAGGUUUUAUUUGGUACCACAAGCAAUGGCUUCGUCAUAUGGGACUUUAAUGAAGAAAAUAACAUAGAGCCCAAUGCAGCGGUAACCUUAACUUUACCUUAUGGUACCAGGAAUAUAACCACAAAAAUGCUCAAUUCUAAUUCGAUAAUGCUCAGUGGUAGGAAAAAUUAUGCUAUUGCAGGGGUGCGUAAAAAUCUGUACGUAUGGAGUGUGGAAACCAAAAAACUAGUUAAGAUUCUGGAUGCUCAUUUCGGACGUAUAAUUCAACUGGAGGCACUUACGGUUGGAAAUUGGAAUAGUAUUGUUACCUCUUCCAUAGAUCGGACUGUGAAAGUGUGGAAUAUUAAUAAUAUUUUUGAGCAGGUGCAUGUUAUUGAUAGGCAUGAGUUGCAAGUGGAUUCGAUUAGUUUAUCCGAGAAUCUAAGUUUAGCAGUGACAGCAACGAGAAAUUGUGUAGGAGUGUGGGACUUAAGAAUUGGUAAACUGGUUGCAAAAUUGGCAGACAGUCCUUUGGGUGCGAUCGUCACUCAUGCCAUUAUCACUCCCGAUGGAAAAUACAUAAUCUCAGCCGAAACUGGCAACAUCCUAAUCUGGCUCCGAUUAACCCAACAGGUGAUUUUUAAAGAUGAACAACCUGGAGUAAAGCAACUGACCCUAAUAGAGGACGGUACAAAAAUAUUGGCAAUAUCCAAACCUAGUAAUCCGCCUGGUACUGAUUUUGUAAGAACCACUGCAACGGUAUGCGUCCGACAAGUACCUAGCGGUGAAACAGUAUAUACCUUCGAAUACCCCGUGAGAAGUAUUACAGGUGUACCAUUUAGGCCUGCUGUAAUUACCUCGGAUAAUCAGCAUUUAGCAGUUUGUGCAGCCGAUAAAACUAACAGAGAUUGCGUUAUCAUCUUUAAUGCGCAAACGGGUAGUAUGGUGCAUAGGAUUCCUUUGAGAAUGUGCGGAAUCAAGGAUAUCACAGGUCUGGUUGCCAUGCCUCAUAAAGGUCAUUUAUUAGCAGUAAUGACCACUGACAAGGGCGCUAUUAUCGAUAUAAGAAAUAAAAAGCAUUUGAGGUCAAUUCCUAAAUGGGGUGGCAGCGUCACCAAGGAUGGGAAACAUGGACUCUACGCACCCCAAAGAGGCGGUUUGGAGUUAAUCGAAUUAAAAAAAGGAACCACAGUGACAACAUAUAUACCCAAGGUGGCCGAAGGAGUUUUCACCAUAAUUUGUCUAUUUAAUAAGACCGAUGAAUACGUGCUCUAUUAUCAUAGUGGCAAGAAAACUUUGAGGGUAUUUAGAACCACAGAUGCAGAAAUGGUGGCAAACUACAGGGUACAAGCUGAAUUAACAGCUGUAGAAAGUACCCCCGAUGGUAAUGCUUUGGUACUCGGUACUGUCGAUGGUUGCGUGUCAGUUUUGGCUAUUUUGGACCCAGCCAAAAAUGAAAGUGAUAAUUAUUUGUGUGGGAUGCCAUCUAGAGACGAAGGAUGGAAAAAGAAGGUAGAGAAGCAAAAAGCCCAUACGAGAUUCAAGGCGGUGCAACACAUUGCAAAGCUUUCAACUACUUUUAGUAGCGAAACUACAAACGCUUCAGCUAAUAUUUUGAAAACCUUUGAACAGACAGAACGAGUUGUGAAUUUAAAAGAAUAAAGUUUUUUUAAAACGAUGUGAUAACAAAGUAAGAAGUAAAUUCUAAAAUUAUUUAAAAAUUUGUCUGUUAGGAAGAAUUCAAAUAUCUCCAAUAGUCCGACGUCGUUGCUUAAUUAGUUACUAUAAUAAUAGUCAAGUCAUCUAUAUGUAGUGGCACUGGUCACGCUACUAAUAUAUAUUUAUAAAUGAAUAAAACUCAUAAAGAUUCA